GUAAUGUUUUUUUUUUUACUCAGUAGCCUCAGCAGCAGAGGCUUACCUCCCAUACAGGCAGCAGCAGCACAUGGGAGGGGCCUAGGAUCAGGAAGACGCUGCUGCUUUGGCUGCAGCUGCUGGGUACCGGUGGAAGGCCUCCAUAGACGGUCACCGUUUUCUCUUGUUGUCAUAUACGUUCUUUGGGGCUGGCGGAGUAGGAAAGUCCGAGGUCUGGCGGGGCUGGAAGGCCGCAGCAGCCAUGCAUGACGCCUUUGAGCAGGUGAUGAUCCUGGAGAAGCUGCCGCUGCAGAUAGAGUGCCUGGCAGCCUGGGAAGAGUGGCUUCUUGUCGGAACUAAACAAGGGCAUCUACUGCUGUACAAAGUAAAAAAGGAGCAAGGUUGUAAUCAGUUUGAGGUGACUCUGGAGAAAUCCAACAAGAACUUUGCUAAAAAGAUUCAGCAGAUUCAUGUUGUGCCUCAGUUUAAGAUCCUUGUCAGUUUGCUUGAUAACAAUGUGUGUGUCCACGAUUUACUCACCUUCCAGCUCAUGACCACCAUUUCAAAGGCUAAAGGCGCAUCUCUACUGUCCUGUGAUCUCCAGCAUGGUAAAUUGGGGGAGGAGACGUUGAAGAUGUGCGUGGCUGUCCGUAAAAAAUUGCAGCUGUAUUUCUGGAAGGACCGAUCAUUUCAUGAGCUCCAGGGUGAUUUUAGUGUUCCUGAUGUCCCCAAAUCUAUGGCAUGGUGUGAAAAUUCUAUCUGUGUAGGAUUCAAGAGGGACUAUUAUUUGAUCAGAGUGGAUGGGAAAGGCUCUAUUAAGGAACUGUUUCCCACCGGUAAACAGUUAGAGCCACUUGCGGUGCCGCUGGGUGAUGGAAAGGUGGCUGUUGGACAGGAUGACCUGACUGUGGUGCUGAAUGAGGAAGGCACCUGCACACCUAAGUGUGCCCUAAACUGGACCGACAUCCCCAUGGCUAUGGAGCACCAGCCUCCUUAUAUAAUAGCUGUGUUGCCGCGGUACGUGGAAGUGCGGACAUUUGAACCUCGGCUGCUCGUACAAAGUAUUGAGCUUCAGCGACCUCGUUUUAUUACAUCUGGAGGACCAAAUAUUGUGUAUGUAGCUAGUAAUCAUUUUGUGUGGAGGUUGGUUCCAGUUUCCAUUGCAACUCAGAUACAGCAACUGCUCCAGGACAAGCAAUUUGAGCUUGCUUUACAGCUGGCAAGGAUGAAAGAUGAUGCGGAUGGUGAGAAGCGACAGCAGAUCAACCAUAUCCAGAACUUAUACGCCUUCAACCUAUUUUGCCAAAAACGAUUUGAUGAGUCCAUGCACGUGUUCGCCAAGCUGGGCACUGAUCCUACCCACGUUAUCGGCAUGUACCCGGAUCUGCUGCCUUCUGAUUAUAAAAAACAACUUCAGUACCCUAAUCCAGUACCUUUACUAUCGGGAGCAGAACUGGAAAAAGCCAAUCUAGCCCUUAUAGAUUACCUGACCCAGAAAAGAAGUCACUUGGUAAAGAAGCUGAAUGACACGGAUUACCACUCCACCACAUCCCCCCUCAUGGAGGGGACCCCAACUAUCAAGUCAAAGAAGAAACUUCUUCAGAUUAUAGACACCACUCUACUGAAGUGUUACCUGCACACUAACGUGGCUCUGGUAGCACCUCUCCUGCGGCUAGAGAACAAUCACUGUCACGUGGAGGAGAGUGAGCAUGUUCUGAAAAAGGCGCACAAGUACAGUGAGCUCAUCAUCCUCUAUGAGAAGAAAGGGCUCCAUGAAAAGGCUCUGAUGGUACUGGUUGAUCAGUCAAAAAAAGCCAAUUCCCCAUUGAAAGGCCAUGAAAGGACAGUCCAAUACCUGCAACGUUUGGGAGCUGAAAAAAUAUCUCUGAUUUUUGAGUACUGUGUUUGGGUGCUCAGAGACUAUCCUGAAGAUGGAUUAAAGAUCUUUACAGAAGACCUCCCAGAAGUUGAAAGUCUACCACGAACCCUUGUACUAACAUUUUUAUUGGAAAACUUCAAAGACCUGGCAAUUCCAUAUUUGGAACAUAUCAUCCUGACCUGGGAAGAUCUGGAACCUGAAUUUCAUAACUGUCUGAUCAAGCUGUACUGUGAGAAGGUGCAGACCCUGAUGCAAGCUAUAGAACCUGCCUGUAAUGAUGAGCGUGCCCGGUGCCCAUUCCCUGCAAGCUUAGAGAAGGAGGAAGGAGGAGAAUUCCGCUCAAAGCUGCUAAAUUUUCUCGAGAUAUCAAACUGUUACCAGCCUGAGCGACUGAUCAGUGAUUUCCCAUUUGAUGGACUGCUGGAGGAACGGGCCCUGCUCUUGGGCCGGAUGGGCAAACACGAGCAAGCUUUGUUCAUUUAUGUGCACAUCCUGAAAGACACCAGCAUGGCAGAGCAAUACUGCCACAAACACUAUGAUUACACCAAGGAUGGUAAUAAAGAUGUCUACUUGUCGCUGAUCAGGAUGUACCUCUCCCCACCGGAUGCACGCUGCCUGGGCCCCAUUAAGUUUAAGUUGGAUGAGCCAAAGCCAAACAUUGCUGCUGUCUUGGCAGUGUUGGAGCAGCAUCAUGGAAAACUGAACACGACUAAGGCCAUAGACCUUCUGCCAGUAAACACACAGAUUAAAGACAUUCAGGUCUUCCUGGAAAAAGUACUGGAGGAGAACGCCCAGAGGAAGCGAUUUAACCAAGUCCUGAAGAACCUUCUGCAUGCAGAGUUCUUGCGGGUACAGGAGGAGAGGAUUUCCCACCAGCAGAUCAAGUGUGUUAUCACAGAGGAGAAGAUCUGCAGUGUGUGUAAGAAAAAGAUCGGAAACAGCGCCUUUGCCCGGUAUCCUAGCGGUGUGGUUGUCCAUUACUUCUGUGCAAAGGAUGUCAGCUCUGUAGACUCCUGUACAUGAUUGAUGUUAGCUGCAGGACACUGCAGAGCCACCAAGACCGAGACAUCACCUGGGAGUGAGAUGCUGACCUGGCAGGUAGACCUGUACAUGCCAUCUCCAUCUCUGCAGACUCUGAAACGUUGGGCCAUGCAGCGGGACUCUGUGCCACAGCACGUUAUGUACUGAUAGGUCCUGUAACAACUCUGUAUUCUAUUAGCUGCAAGUGUCCGAAGGGUUGGAAGGAUUUGCACAGUGAAUAAGCCUUGCAGAUGCGGAGAGUGCACAACUUGUGUCAGUUAUACAUGUUGUACAGUUUUGUUAAAGUAUGUAUAUAAAACUUUAUAACAAUGUGGGUUAUGUUAUUAUCCUGCAUUCUACAGUAUGUAUAAUAUUUUGAGGGUCCGCUUACAUAUGGUCCAGUUUCUGAUGCUAUAAGUAAAGCAAAGCAAAUGUAUGUAAGAUACAAAAGGCAAAUUAUCCAAACAAUAUUACAGCGGUCGUUACUGGGAUCCACUACUGUGGUAACAAUAAAGAAACCAUAACAUAAAAAAAAAAACUAAAAAAAAACAAAUUAAAUCAUUAUUUUGUCUUGCUUAUCAUCACCUUAAACAUUUGACAUUAAACAUCUUACACAUACGGAGGAAUUUGUAAAGUGGAAACCAGUUCUCACUGACUGUAUAAUGUGGUAGUGGAUGGUGGUGACAGCGCCGUUCUCUGUUGGUGAAUAAGUCGCUCAGCGGGCAGCACCUAACCUGCACUUUUAUUACUGGAGUGGUUAACACAAACCAUCCCAAGACGAGCGAGUUAUAUUAACAACGCUUAAUAUAAACAGCCGUUUAUAUGCACCCAUUGUACGGCAUAAUUUUGAAUUUCCAGCUAUCCCUAAUCGCCACCUGUGCAAUUUCAUGGAUGGUGAUCAGACCUAUCUGUACAAGGACUCUUGCCACAGCAGCGGCUCAGUACAGUGAGAUGUGUUACAGCAGAGAGCACUUGUCACACUUGUAUAGUGUUCAUUCUAGCACGCUGCACCUAAUCAGUGAGGAGGACAUAUUUUAGUGGCUGUAGCGAUACACCACCUCUCUGAUUAGGUGCAGGGUGCUAGAAUGUACUCUACUUCUGUAUCUCGCCUAUCUGAAUGUGUCUAGAUGAAGAAUGUGACAUAUGAAGGAGAAAUGGAAGUGGCCUCUAGGAAUACAGAAAUGCUUCCUUAUUGGGAAUAUCCUGUAUGAUGUACCUGUUCUUGCUUUGCCAUUAGUAUAAAUAUAGUAAAUACAGUAUUUACAUUUUUUCACACCUGUAAAAGUUGUAAUUAAUAAUGGUGCCUGGAAACUAUUGCAUUUGUAAUAAAGUGCAGUUCCUCUGUUUGUA